AUGGCACAAAAGAAACAAACUUCUAUUUCGUAUUUUAUGAAAAUAUCGAACUUUCGUAGUCAACCCGAUUCUAAGCAGGACAUUUCCUCAUGUAUUACGUCUGAAUUAGAAGAUACGUCACGUUCAUUAUCAUCCCCCUCCAAAAAGCGAGCACAUUCUUCUAUGAUUUCUUCAAUUAAAAAUACAGAUGAUUCAACCCCAAUAUCAGAUCUCGUCUCAAAAUCUAUUGUUGCUGAUUCUACUAAUUUUAUGAAUGUAUAUGAUAUAGGAUUUUAUAUAAACCGUACAUUAUCACAAAAUGAAAUAUCUGAUAUUAUAAAUAAUCUAUGGGUGCCAGAUAUCAACUACAAAUUUCCAAUAAAAAUGUAUAUGAAAAAAAACAAGCAAAUAAAUUUAAAGUUUCAAUAUUCGUGGCUUCUGAAGUAUCCAUGGCUAUGUUAUUCCGAAAAAGAAUGCGGCGCUUUUUGUAAAUUUUGUGUAGCAUUCGUUAAGUCUGGUGUUGGAUAUAACUCAAAAAAGCCAAAUUCUUUUGUAGUGACUAAAUUUGAUAACUGGAGGAAAGCACUGGAAGGAUUUCAAAACCAUAGUGAAACAAAUUAUCACAAAACCUGUUUAUCCGAUUCUGAACAUUUUCUUAAAGUACAAAAAAAUAUUAAUGAAGACAUAUCAGUAAAACUAGACUCCAGUAGAAAGAAUCAAAUAAUGAAAAAUCGCGAACUUUUAACUCCGAUAAUCGAAGCAAUCAUUUUAUGUGGCAGGCAGAAUAUAGCAAUUAGAGGACACAGAGAUUCCGGUAAAUUAAUGAUCGACCAAACUGAUGACGAAUAUGAAAACAAUGAAGGGAAUUUUCGGGAAAUUUUACGGUAUAGGGCUCGAGGUGAUGAGCAGCUUAAAUUAUUUUUAGAAAGUAAUGGACAUUUAAAAUACACAAGUGCGACGAUUCAAAACGAAAUCAUCGAAUCGUGUAACCAAAUUUUAUUGAAACGAAUUGUGAGUAGAGUGAACUCUGCUCAAUGUUUUUCAAUACUCGCCGAUGAAACAGCUGACAUUGCGAACAUCGAACAAGUAGCAUUGUGUGCAAGAUACCUCGAUAAAAAAAAUAUGAUAUUAAAAGAAGAGUUUAUUCAAUUUAUACCUACGUUUGAUACGACCGGAAAAGGUUUAGCAUCAUUAAUAUUAGAAAGCUUGCACAAUUUUGGUAUAGAAACAAAGUACAUGCGAGGACAAGGUUAUGACGGCGCGGCAGCAAUGUCAGGAGAAUUUAACGGCGUUCAAGCCAUAAUUCGUAAGACUCAUCCUCUUGCUCUUUAUGUGCAUUGUUCCGCACAUGUCCUUAACUUAGCUGUUUCAAACUCCUGCAAAGUACAGGAAAUAAGAAAUUGUUUGGGGACCAUUUCUAAAGCUCGGGAUUUUUUCAAUUUUCCUAAAAGAAAAGAUGUUUUAAAAACUCAAAUUGAAAAUAGUGAUGAAAAAAUCUCAAAAAAAUCAUUAAAACGUCUUUGCGCUACCCGAUGGAUUGAACGUUACCAUGCAGUGAAUGAUUUUGAAGAGUUAUUUGAACAAGUGAUAAAAUCAUUAAACUUUAUAUCUGAGUGGAAAGAUGUUGAGACUUCUUCGCAUGCCAGUAAUCUGUGUAGUGCUAUAUUAGAAGGGGGAUUUAUUAUUUCUAUGCUUAUAGUAGCUAAAUGCUUUAGUGUUGGUCUUCCUUUAUCGAAACAUCUUCAGCGGGUUAAUAUUGACCUUGGCGAAGCGAUCCAAUUAGCGGAGGAUACAAUAAAAGAACUUGAAGAUUUUCGAAAAAAUGCUGAUUCUAUUUUCCAAGACAUUUUUGAAAAUGCUGUUUCUCUUGGUAAUAAAUUUGGUAUUACUAUAAGUAUCCCUAGAACUACGAAAAGACAAGCAAACCGUGUAAAUGUUGAAACUGAUUCAAUUGAAGUAUAUUAUAGAAUCGCUAUAUUUAUACCUUAUAUUGAAACAUUUAUUGAGCAAUUGAAAGUUCGAUUUACCAGCCAUAAAGCUAUUUUAGUUAAUUUUAAUUCACUCAUAAGUCUUAAUACGGAUGAAAACAAUUUUUUGUCAUUAACUGAAACAUACAUGGAAGAUCUUUCUUCGUCCUCCAAGACAGUAUUAUUAUCGGAGUAUAAUUUGUGGCAAAGACGACUGAGAAAUUUAGAAACUUCUAACUAUAGAAACGCAAUGGAAGCUUUGUCUGUAUGUAAUCCAGAAAUAUACCCAAAUAUAUUUAAAUUGUUAACAAUUUUUGCGACACUCCCAGUUUCAACUGCACAGAACGAAAGAUCAUUUUCAUCACUUAAAAAGAUAAAGACUUAUUUACGUAAUACUAUGGGCCAAAAAAGGCUAAAUGGAUUAGCCAUGUUAUCAAUCAAUCGGAAGGAUCGCAUUGAAAGUAAGCAAGUAUUGGACGAAUUGGCUGUAAAAAAAAGACGUCUACCUUUAAUACUGUGA